AUGGAGGCCAGAAAAUUCAUGGGAUUUAUGAUAACCCAAAGGGCGGCGGAAGCCAACCCCAAAAUGUGCCAGGCGAUACUCCAAAUAAAGAGUCUGGGCUGUGUCAAAGACGUCCAGAGGCUAGCAGAAAGACUCACCGCGCUGUCCCGUUUCCUCGGAGCAUCAAUAGCAAAAGCCUUGCCCUUUUUCAAUCUGAUGAGAAAAGGGAUAGCAUUUGAAUGGACACCUGCGUGCGAGGAGGCGUUCAAUCACUUCAAGGAGAUCCUGGUAGCACCCCCAGUACUCGGGAAGCAUAAGGUCGGAGAACCACUCUACCUGUACCUGGCCAUAACGGAGGAGACGCUUGCAGCGAUCUUGGUACGAGAAAAAGGGAAGGCUCAGCAGCUGAUUUACUUUGUGAGUAGAGCGCUGCAAGGAACGAAAUCGCAGUAUAGCAAAUUGGAGAAGAUGGCACUGGCACUCUUGACCUCUUCCCGCAGACUAAGGCAGUACUUCCAAGGCCACCAGAUCGUCAUGAGAACAGACCAGAGAAUCCGUCAAGAACUCCAAAAGCCCGAUUUAGCGGGGAGAAUGAUGACUUGGGCCAUUGAGCUCUCCCAGUACGACUUGCGGUAUGAGCCCUGGCAUGUGAUUAAGGCACAAGCAAUGGCUGACUUCUUGGUAGAAGUAACGGGGGACCCAACCGAGGAAACGGCCAUGUGGUGGAGGCUCACCGUGAACGGGGCCUCCAACCAAAAGUCCGGAGGAGCCGGGAUCAUCUCUGAAAGCCCUGCCGAGGUCAUAUACGAACAAUCGAUCAAGUUUGAGUUUCUGGUAUCAAACAACCAAGCAGUGUACGAGGCCCUCCUGAGAGGCCUAACCCUAGCUCGGAAAGUUGGGGCGACGAGGCUGGAGGUGUGUUGCAACUCGCAGGUCAUCACCUCGCAAAUAAAUGGAAGCUACCAAGCCAGAGACUCGCUGUUGCAAAAGUACUUGGAGAAGGCUAGAGAGUUUAGCAAGCAGUUUGAACAGGUCAGGAUCCAACACGUUCCAAGGGAAAAGAACACACGGGUAGACCUCCUAUCUAAGCUAGCAAGCACGAAACCGGGAGUCGGCAACCGAUCUCUCAUCCAAGGCAUGGUAAAGGAACCAACGGUUGCCCUCCACUUGACAAAGUUAGGUCCCUCUUGGUUGGACCCCAUCAUGGAUUUCCUGAAAAACGGCAAACUCCCUGACGACGAGAAGACAGCCAAAGCGUUGAGAAGGGAGGCAGCCAAGUAUACGACCAUACAGGGACAACUGUUUAAAAAGGGACUCAGUCAACCCCUAUUAAAAUGCCUGCAUCCCAACCAAACGUACUAUGUCCUCAGGGAAGUCCACGAGGGGUGCUGCGGCCACCAUAUCGGGGGCAAAGCCCUAGCGAGAAAGCUCAUCCGAGCUGGAUACUACUGGCCAUCGAUGAUGGAAGACUCCAAAGAAUUUGUAAGAAAAUGCGUCAAGUGUCUAGAGAACGCUAACCUCCACAGAGCACCGGCUUCCGAACUAAGUCUGCUGACGUCCUCCCGGACUUUCACACAAUGGGGAGUCGACCUCUUUGGACCCUUCCCGGUUGGCCAGGGCAAGUCAAAUAUCUCAUAG